AAAACCUUCUCUUUCACCAUGUGGAGAAAAACUAAGUUGGCUCUCCACUAAGCUGGAUACUGAGGCAAAGCCAUUGGGAGAAACCAGAUCUACUUCUGUCACAUGGAUAAGGAAUAAUUCUGCAUCGAGAGUGUUCAAGACAGUUGUACACUAAGCAAAACAGUCACAGACAUCAGUAAACCCCUUUCCUUUACCGCCUUCUUGUGAAUCCCCUUCGACCUCGCGCCAUCAGCAUGAGUGGUCUGGCAGGGAAGCUGGACCCUCGGAGGAUACAGUGGCGCUCCACAUGGAACACGUUUGCCUCCCGUGUCCUCAGGACCAAACCUGUGGAGUCCAUGUUGGACACGGCCAUGUCGGGCACCAGCUCGCACGGCACCAGACUGGCCCGGGUGCUGUCCACGGUGGAUCUGGUCUCGCUGGGAGUGGGCAGCUGCGUCGGGACGGGGAUGUAUGUGGUCUCCGGGCUGGUUGCCAAGGAAAUGGCUGGUCCCGGGGUCAUUGUGUCCUUCAUAAUCGCCGCUGUGGCCUCCAUACUGUCAGGGGUGUGCUACGCGGAGUUUGGCGUGCGUGUGCCUAAGACCACGGGUUCAGCCUACACCUACAGCUAUGUGACCGUGGGCGAGUGCGUGGCUUUUUUCAUCGGCUGGAACUUAAUCCUGGAGUAUCUGAUCGGCACGGCCGCGGGGGCGUCAGCUCUCAGCAGCAUGGCCGACUCUCUGGCCAAUCACAGCAUUAGCAACUUCAUGAUCUCACACAUUGGGACGCUCCACGGAUUGGGUAAAGGAGAGCAGUCAUACCCAGACCUGCUGGCUCUGCUGAUAGCACUGCUGGUCACAGUCAUCGUGGCUCUCGGUGUGAAGAACUCUGUCGGUUUCAACAACGUGCUGAACGUCAUCAACCUUAUUGUGUGGGUGUUCAUGAUGGUCGCCGGGCUGUUCUUCAUCAACGGAGAGAACUGGGACGAGGGCCGGUUCCUUCCCUUUGGCUGGUCAGGGGUGAUGCAGGGCGCCGCUACCUGUUUCUACGCCUUCAUCGGGUUUGACAUAAUCGCUACAACAGGAGAAGAGGCCAAGAGUCCCAACACGUCCAUCCCCUACGCCAUCACCGCCUCCCUCAUCACAUGCCUCACUGCCUAUGUCUCUGUUUCUGUGAUUCUGACACUGAUGGUUCCCUACAAUGAGAUUGAUGAAGACGCCCCACUAAUGGAGAUGUUUGCUAUGCAUGGCUGUUAUUUCGCUAAGUAUAUUGUGGCCGUUGGAUCUAUAGCUGGACUGACUGUCUCCCUCCUGGGAUCCCUGUUCCCCAUGCCCAGGGUGAUCUAUGCCAUGGCUGGGGACGGCCUGCUGUUUAAGUUCCUGGCGCAUGUGUCUUCAUACACAGAGACCCCUGCGGUGGCCUGUGUGGUGUCAGGCUUUCUUGCUGCCCUGCUGUCCCUUCUGGUCAGCCUGAGAGACCUCAUAGAAAUGAUGUCCAUUGGGACACUGCUGGCUUAUACCCUGGUGAGCCUCUGCGUGCUGCUCCUGCGCUACCAGCCUGAGGGCGACAUCCACGGCUUCGUCAACUUCCUCUCUGAGGAGCAGAACAACAAGAGGAAGGAGGGCGUUCUGGCCGAGUGUGAGAAAGACGCUUGCUCCCCGACCAGCGAGGCCGACGAGUACGGGGGUCCAGCCACCAACACGUGCGGAGCCAAAAACCUGCCCUCGCUGGGCGACAACGAGAUGCUGAUCGGCAAGCCAGACAAAACCGCCUACACUGCCAGCCACCCCAACUACGGAACGGUGGACAUGACCACGGGCAUCGAAGCCGAGGAGUCCGAGGGAGGGAUGUCCCGCCGACUGAAGAAGCUGAUUGGGCCCCGCUACUACACCCUGAGGAUCCGACUCGGCCUCCCGGGAAAAAUGGACAGACCCACUCAAGCCACAGGGAAAACCGUCACUGUUUGCGUGCUGCUGCUCUUCAUCUUCAACUUUGUUUUCUGCUCCUUCAUCAUUUUUGGAGCCAGCAGUAUUGGGGAGGGUCGCUGGUGGGCCUUGCUGCUGUUAAUCCUACUGAUCAUCUUCAUCGCCCUGCUCGUCAUCAUCAUCGUCCAGCAGCCAGAGAACCCUAAGCGGCUGCCCUACAUGGCGCCCUGUGUGCCCUUUGUACCUGCUUCAGCCAUGCUGGUUAAUAUCUACCUCAUGCUUAAACUGUCUGCCAUCACGUGGAUACGAUUUUCGGUCUGGUGCCUUGUGGGUGUGCUCAUCUACUUCGGCUACGGCAUGUGGAACAGCACGCUGGAGAUCACGGCCAGAGAGAACGAGGUGCACGCCUCCACGUACCAGCGCUACGACCAAGGGGUGGACGAAGGCUUCUGCGGCUUCGACGACGACUUCUACCCGCCGACCACUGACGCCUGGGCCGCCCCGGGCGGGGGGUCGGGGCCCACCCCUCCCCCGAAGGCCAAAUCCGAAAGCGACGGGUUGCCAUCCAAAGGUGGAGGCGGGGCGGUUGCCAAAAGUGGCCUUGCAGAGGAGGAUCCGAUGGAUUUCUGAGGGGACUGACGUUGUGUUUUCCCUGAAUGUACUGCCUUGUCUGCUGCCUGGGGGUGAAGGGAGGGGGAAGAGUGAGUGAGCGCAUGAAUGAUAGUGAGUGCGUGCUUGUGUGUGGGCAUGCCUGCAUGUGUGUGCGUUUUUUUUUUUUUUUGUUGUUUGUUUGUGUGUAACUAACCCUUGGGCUAGAUUGUUUCUGGGCAGCGGAACAGUUUGUCUUUUACCUUAUUUGACGUAGCUCAGCAUACUGCUCCCACGCAAACUCGGAAACCAAGGUCACAGGUGUCUUGACACAUUCACUUGUUAUCCACUGGCUGGAGUCAACAUCCCACACGAGGAAAAAUCAGCUAUAAAUGUGCAAACAAGGCAAGGAGAUAAGAUAUAACGAGGAUCAGUACUCUGAAGCAAGUGGCAUUGCUUUCCGGGCAACUUUUUAACUGUUUUAUAGACGGGAAUUGUGCGAUGCAGGAAAGAGGAGGGUGAUGAGACAGAGCAGAUGAAUCAGCAGCGCACUUCCUGUUUAAGGGCUGGCAGGAAAGUUAGAUGACAGCAUGCCGGGCCUAAAUGACUUCCCGUGUCCAGGUCUGACUUUCUCACCGGUCAUUAUUUUAAAUAUGAAAAAUAAAGCACCUAACAGUCUCCAUCUAAACAACUAGCCCAAGGGACUUAAAAGUGGAUGUGGGUAAAAGGGAGUCGAUGUUUUCUGUGACAAAUAGUUUCUGGACUUUGCUUGCGAUAGUGCCUUCAUCUACUGUGUGUACGUUUCUGGUUCUGUCUUUUUUUCUACUUUCAGUUUGCCUGUGUAUGUGUGGGGCUCCACUGUACAUGCACUCAAAUUCCACCUUUACAUUUCUACUAACGUACGCGUGUGUGUGUGUGUGUGUAUAUAUAUAUAAAUUGGAUUCUUCAGA